AUGCUCAGCACGAUGCAGUCCCACGAGACAAGCAUUACUCCGAACAAUAGCCAGGAUACGUCUGCGUCGAGGAUCGUAAUUCCGAGCUCGCCUUCAGCUCGACGUACUGGUCAUGUUCGCUCUGCAUCCAUCUUGAGCUCCAGUAGCAGUGUCUCCAUUCCAUCGCGAUCGUCUUCCGUCAUGAUGAGUCCAGCUGCAGUGCCAGCACGCAACUCGUCCAUCGUCAACUCACCCAGCAAGGGCCGAAUCCAGACUGCUUCUCGUCAAGGUCUACCUCUGACCGCCUCCGACCUCGCCGAUACGAUCGCGACCCUGACUCUAGCCGACAAACCCGUGCCAAGUUCAGCACAUGCGCUCAGUCAGGCAACAGCGCAUUCUAGCCUUGAUGUCAAUCCCAACGCGAGUCGCGACGACCAUGAUGAUGCACGCACGCCACAGCCACCCUCUGGCUUCUUUGCAACUCCUCCCCUACCAUCGCAAGCAAGUCUCACAAGCGCACCCGCCAGGCUUUCGCAAGAGUUCGGCUUCCGCCAGGCAGACCUACUCGAGAUUGGCGACGAGAUUGCGGAUGCCCACGAUGCUGUCCAAAUCAUCCAAGCCCACCUUUUCUCGAUCCAGGAGCAGCGUCACGGCACCAAGAUGAGCCUCGAUGCAGCACGGCAUGCGGCAUCUGACGACGUCAAAAGCUCGCCGGAAGGAGCCUCACUCGGAGGCAUCGAUCUGUCCCUCAUGCAGCUCGAUGAAAAGCUCGAGGCCCUUUCGCGAUCAAUGCAACAACUCGAAGUCCGCCUAGCCGAACUCCAUGACCCUUCCUCGCAUUCAACCGAUGCCGACGCCUGCGAUACAUCGAUCGUUGAUAAAGAGAUGAGCGGCUGGCAGGCGCGCGCCCGUCGCAACAGCAUCGGCAGUAUCGACAGCCUGGCCAGCUUGGAUGACAUGGCGCUGCCCGGCUUUGCGCCUGCUCUGACACCGCGCGCAUUGCGUGCAAAGUACGACGAUCUCUGCGCCGAGUGGGCUUCAGUCCAAGAGGAGGCAGAUGCGCUGAAGAAGGAACUUGCCGACGACAAAUAUCUCGACGUCUUUCGCUCCAUCAGCACCCAAGCCGAGGGCAUGAUGGAUAGUCUGGAAAAAGCCGUCUCGCUGUGCAACAGAUUUGUCUCGCAGGUUCAGCGCGACCAUCUUGCUGGCAAGCUGCAGCGCGCAGCCGGGGCUGAAAAUGAUCUCGAAGAUGACUACGACAUUCAAGCCAAGCACGACGAGCUCGUCGCACUUACAAAGACAUUUGGUGUCAAAAAGUCGUACUACCUACCCGCUUGUCAACAAGUCCUCCAUACUCUCGAAAAGGGGUGCAAUGAGAGACAGACCGCCAACGGAACCGUGCUCCGCCGCCUUUCGGAUCUACGGGCUCGCUGGCGUACUUUGCGUGACGAACUGACCAAAACGGAAAGAGACCUUAAGCGCAUGGAAGCCCUCUUCCGGCGUGUACGCUCCGACAGCAGUGGCUCAUCGAUCACCAACGACGUGGCGAGCCCUGCAACAUCCGUAUCAAGUCUUCCGCCGCUCCCCUCCAAGCUGCGGACCAGCGCGUCGGUGCAGUCCGGACUGGGCUUGGGAACGCCGAGUCGUGGUUCGGCUCUGUCGCAUCGUAACACGCCUUCGUUGUCAUCGUCGUCGUCGCGUACAGCCAGCGGACCGGGUCGCUUGCCGAGCUCGUCUUCGACGGGUUCCAACUUGUCCAGCACACCUCCCGCUGCUGGGACACCGCAGCGAUUAAGACGCAUCUCUGCGACCGCAGAGUCGCUCGGAUUGCACAGUCAGUCGGCCUCGACACCGCCCCGAGCUGGAAUCGCAAGACAACUCGAGGUGCCGCGGUCAGUACCACACCUAGGGGGCAGGCCCAUCGGCGGUUCGCUGUCGCCAUCAGCCACAGACAGCCCCAUUCGAAAUCGUGCCACAUCCAUGGCUAACGCUGCGACUGGUGCUGUGGAGAAAGGCGUCCUCGGCAGGUCGCCGGGAGCAAGACCAAUUUCAAUCAUCAGCAGCCGCAGUGCAGCAGCUACCGGUCGCGAUGGGUCGGACACACCCAGCCGGCCUCCUCCGUCAAGCUUCAAGUCGUCCUGGCAUGACCUCGACACACCUAGUUCCAGUCAUACACGCCAGACACAGCCUGAGUCCACGACGCGUUCGCACUCGCAAGUCGCAUGGCCGUCCGGAUCCUCGGGAGCCGACAAGGACCUGGACGACUCAAUUGAAUAUCUCAAAUUUGGCGUAGGGUCCUCUCCGGCUCGCCCGGCUUCCUCUGCAGGUCAGUACUAUCGUCCGCCGUCGGCUCAGGGGAAUGUGGGGGAUGCCAAGUCCAGAAAGCGGGAUUCAAUGAUUCCGCGCCUUGCGGUGAGAAGUUCGGAUGCCACCCACACACCGAGCCGACCGGGAUCGGCCAUGUCGCAGGUCUCGUCGUCGACACCGAUGCAGUACAUGGGUGCGUCGAGGCUGAGCAUGCAAACGCCCGAGCCUGCGAUCGUUGCAAGGGCGCAGAGGCUGAGCAUGUAUGCACGUGCACCUUCGACGGGCGCUGCAGGCACCGGGGUCACGCCGAACAAGCGAGCGAGCAAGCCACCUCCGACGAGACGCAACGUUGCUCUAUCUUCUGGACGUGCCACUCCGUUGUCAGCGGCGGCGCUGGCGUCAUUGCCAGCAGCCGAGCCAGGCUCGUCUCUGAAGAGAUCGAGCAUUUCGAAUCUGCGAUCUCUCACCAGCGGACGCACCACGCCUACGUUCAGCGACAAUGGAUCGGUCGGAGGCAUGUCGACCGGAACGUGGUAUGGACCGGGUCGAGGCGUAAGGGGUGUGUCUGGAGCAGGAUCGAGGAUCGGAUCCGGAUCGGUGGCUGGAAGCAGCUACGGUGCGACAGGUGCCAUCGAACAAUACCGCCCCAAUCCAAACGACGCACUGGAUGUCGAGGUGGCCGCAAUCUGCAACGGGCUCGGAGUCGCAUUGGAACGCAUCGAUGCGCCGCUCCCCCGAGGCGUGAGGCUGGAAGAGGGACCGGGCAAAGACAACCGAGCGCAAUACGAGAUCGGAGGGCGCAAGAUGGCGUGCCGACUGCUCGAGCUGCAUCGACCAGCGGGGAGCGCGGGAGCGAGAGCGGGGACCAAAGCGAAAAAGAUCCUGGUGCGUGUGGGUGGAGGAUGGCAAGACCUGGAGCAGUGGCUUCUGGGGCGACUGAGCUCCAUCUAG